GUUAUAUUAAGAAUAAUAAAAACAUUGCAGCCAUGUUGUGAUCAUACACAGCACAGCAAUCGAAAGUAUAGUUAGCUCCUCACAAUCAACGUUUGCGCAGGGAAGGGAAUAUUGCAUUGAAAAUACAGACUGAGUCAUGGUGCUGGUGCUUGUCCUUGGUGAUUUACACAUCCCUGACCGUAAAAGUGGUUUGCCUAAUAAAUUUAAAAAAUUAUUGGUUCCCGGAAAAAUUCAACACAUUUUAUGUACAGGAAACCUAUGUACCAAGGACUCGUAUGACUAUCUGAAGACACUGGCUAGCGAUGUCAAUAUUGUUCGUGGUGAUUUCGAUGAGAACAUCACCUAUCCAGAACAGAAAGUAGUAAGUGUAGGUUCGUUUAAAAUUGGUUUGUGUCAUGGUCACCAGAUAGUUCCAUGGGGAGAUCCAGAAUCUUUGGCUAUGGUGCAACGUCAACUUGGUGUAGACAUCUUAAUAUCAGGACAUACACACAGGUUCGAGGCAUAUGAACACGAAGGAAAAUUUUACGUCAAUCCAGGAUCAGCGACCGGAGCUUACAAUGCCUUAGAUUCUAAUGUCGUCCCUUCGUUCGUGUUAAUGGAUAUUCAGUCCGGAACAGUGGUAGCUUACGUGUAUCAGUUACAUGGAGACGACGUCAAAGUGGAUAGGAUUGAAUACAAGAAAUAAUUUUAUCGUGAUAUAUAUUUUUUUUUAAAUUUUUAUUUGGGGUUGAAUUAUAUUUGCACGAGCACCUCAUGAAAAUUUACAACGCUGCUCUCUGCUCCAGUUUCUAAUAUUUUUUUCUUUGCGUGUUGAUUCCGCGAACCCCAUAUAUCUUGUUUUAAGAAAAUCAUUGGAUUGAUAGAAAGAGAAAAAAAUAGCGUCUUUUUUUUGUUUUUUUCUGUUUUGAAAGCAAUUGAGGAGUACAGAUUAAGCCAACUUGAAAGUUGGAAAGAUGUUUUCGAGUUGAACGAAAAAGCAAUUGAAUUUUUUGUAAAAAUAUUUGCGGAAAUUUAAUUACGAUUGUCUUUUUUGUAUAACUUGAGAUUAUAUUGUAGAUUUUUACGUUUUCUAUGUAUACAAAUAAAAUGUUCAUUCGUA